AUGUGCAAAGCCGCCACGAUAAACGUUAGCAGGAUAGGCACCCCCACACUGGACGUAGCGGAGAUGAAGGCCAAAAUUCGGAGCUCCAAACUGCACGUUCUAACCUUCGCAACUCACGAGCAGGGGUACUUCAAAACGUUGCAGGAAAGUUGCUCCCGUUUGAACAUAGAACUGACUGUGCUAGGAAUGGGCAAAAAAUGGGAAGGGUUCAUAACAAAAUUGGUAAAAGUGAAGGAGUACAUAAAAUCGUGCAACGACAACGACAUCGUCCUUUUCGUGGACGGGUUUGACACAUUCUUCGUUCAACCAGCGAAUGUAAUUGUGGAAAGGUACAUAGUGAAUUACGACAACUUAUUUGUGUGCACAAGCGAAAGCACCUAUUCGACUAGCUUCUUCCUCCUACGGAUUAUCGAAAAUAUGCACUUAAUUUUUCACAAUAGCAUUUUUAAAAACAAUGACAGUACUGAAUGGGAUUCCACCAGGAUUCGAGAGAAAUAUAAAGACUUCACGUAUUUUUAUAAAAAUUUAAAUUUACUAAAUUCGGGAGGAUGGAUAAGCAACGUCUUCUUAGCCAAAAAAAUUUUGCAAUACAUCCCUUCCUUUAUUGAGAACGACCAGAUCUUCCUCACCAACUUGUACUUAGACUGCAACUAUUUGAUGAAGGUGCAAGAGGACAGCCUCACACACGGAGAAAAAAACGCUUUUCAUAAUUGCGUCCCUCAGGGAAAUGCAAAAUAUUACAACAGAAUUAUCCUUGACAAUCACAACAUUAUUUUUCAUUUGUUUCGAAGCAAAGAGAAUGUGGCUCUGAUGAGCUACCAGGACUGUGUGCAGUUUUUUCCUUUUCGCCCGUUGCUCAGCUUGUACUACCUGAACAAGCAAGACGAAGAGGAGGGCGAAAAAAAAAAAAAAAAUAGCCAAGCUAGCCAAAAGGAGGGGAAAAAAAAAAAAAUUGACCAAGCUAGCCAAAGGGGGGGAAAAAAUAAACAAAAUGGUCAAGCUAGCCAAACGGAAGGAAAAAAUAAAAAAAAUUCUGUCCUAUCCUCCAUAGUGGAAUUCUUUAAAAGAAAAAAAAGCGAAGGAAGAGAGAUAACAAAAAAGGGGACAGAUACACAUCAACGGACAGAGCCUCACCCCCUCGACAGAGGUAAUACACUUAAAGGAACCCCCCUUGGGAUGCAUCAUACCAACGCGAACCCAGCCACAUGGACGAAGCAGAAGACCAUUCUGGACGAAGUGUACAUGGAUGAUGGGCAACGGAAAAUCGGUCAGAUAGAAAAAACAUUCAAUUACUCCAUAAUUGACACGCACACACAAACCUCCCCAUGUGUUCUCCACAUGCACUGCCUACGAAAUGUGGACAAGAUGAUUCGCACCAUGGGAUUGAAAAAUAUAUACUCAGCCAAAUGGUACAGCAAUAUAUGGUACCUGUUUUACAGCCUAAAAGGGACGUUGAAUUUUAACUACUUUAGCCUCCUCUUCUCAACGGUCAUUGCGUCUGUCGCGCUAUUGCUAAUUCAGGUGAAGUAUCUGCUCGAAUUUAUAAAAUAUAUGGACUCAUCUUUUGGUAUGAACUGCAUCGGGGAGGAUAGAUACGUCAACAAGACGAUAUUUCUUCUGAACGAUGUUGGGUACUCCUUAUUUAUCUCCUUCAUAUUUGCCAUUUUGUUUUGGGCCUUUUACAUUUUUAACAAGGCGAUGUGA